AACUUUCUAAGUCACUAAAGUAUACUGUAUUUCUAUAACGCUGUCCAAGAAUGGUUGAUCAAGUUGUUAAGAUUGACGUGCUAUGAACACAGGCGAGGCUUCGCCGCAGAUAACGAUGGAGCUAAUGGAAGAUGAGGUGGUGAUGAGCGAAGUUCAUCUGGGAUGCCCCCCUAAUUUUUCCGGCCCUCACAUUUCUCACUUCACCUUCUCUCUCACUCCUCAAGCUGAACACACUGUGGGUAGAUGUGGUGACCAAGUCAUAUCCGAACCAAAACCUCCCACGAAGACUAUUGCUUUGGAUGAAGAUGGGGAUCUCAUUGUGGCUCGACGAAACAAACAAUCAUCGUACACUGUUGCUGUCAGUAUCCAGCAUAAUGUCACAUCAACCAUCCCAAGUGUGGGUUUACAGGUUUGGAGGGCAGAACUAUUAUUAGCAGAUUACAUAUUGCACAAGAUGUCUUCAUCUUCAGUAUUCAAUGGUGCGGUUGCCGUUGAACUUGGUGCUGGAACAGGAUUGGUUGGUAUAUUAAUUGCACGUGUUGCGGAGGCUGUUUUCAUAACAGACCAUGGUGUUGAAGUUCUUGACAACUGUGCUAGGAAUGUUCACAUCAACUCUGGAUUGUUCAGAAGUGAAUCUUCAGUCAAAGUACGAGAGCUUGAUUGGCAGAAACCAUGGCCACCUCUGGAUUUAGGUUCCAGUGUUAGUUUGCCAUCCAGGUAUUCCUGGACGUCUUCAGAGGUGGAAGAAGUCGACAGAGCAUCUCUGCUGCUAGCUGCUGAUGUGAUUUAUAGUGAUGAAUUAACUGAUGCCUUUUUCAGUGUUCUGCAGAAGAUGAUGUGCCAACACCCUGAAAAGGUGCUAUAUCUUGCAUUGGAAAAGCGAUACAAUUUCAGCUUGAACGAUCUUGACGUUGUUGCAAAUGGGUACUCACAUUUCCUAAGCUUCUUGAGGGUCGAAAAGGGUUUUACUGGCAAGUGUAUUGAUCUUUCAGAAAUUCCUCAAUAUGUGAGAGAGUACGAGAGAGGAAAUGAUGUCGAGCUCUGGGAGAUAAAGAUCAAAUUAGUCAUUAUUGUGCAUAUGGGAAACCAUAUGAAGUGUUUGGUUGAAGGCUUGAAACCCCUUAUUUCUGGCCCCAUCUUUCUCAUUUACAAGUCUAUCACUCACCAGCAGCCGUAUACCCCCAACGUACCCCUACGGCCUCUGCCCAUUCUUCCUCACCGUAACAGCGGCGGCGGCAUGGAAAUGGUGGUUGUGGUGGUAGCAAAAUUGUGGCGGUAG